ACGGACGGCCCUGCGCCCUCCGCGCUGUUGUGGCCUCCGCCGGCCGCCGUCGUGGCGCCGCUGCGCGCGCGGGGCCUGGGGGCGGGGCGCGAUGGCGGAGCCCGGGUGAGGCGCGGGUUUACUGUCCAAGAGGAUUUUGACCUUGCUUGAAAAGAUGCCUGCUGCCUGUGAGUCAGUGCUUGAGGAUAUCGAGGACAUCGUGUCGGCAGAGGAUCUGAAGCCACACGAUCGGCAGUUUGUGAGAAGGAAUGUUUUUCCCAAAGUGCGAAAACGCAGCUCCCAAAAAAAGGUUCAGGCAGAUGAUGAGCCCCCAAGUGACAGCAUUAUUCCUGGUGUUCAGAAAAUCUGGAUUCGUACAUGGGGAUGUUCUCACAAUAAUUCGGAUGGUGAAUACAUGGCUGGACAGCUGGCUGCAUAUGGAUACAAAAUUACAGACAACUCUGCUGAAGCAGAUUUAUGGUUGCUGAACAGUUGUACAGUAAAAAAUCCUGCUGAGGACCACUUCAGAAACUCAAUCAAGAAAGCCCAAGAAGAGAAGAAGAAAGUUGUUCUAGCAGGUUGUGUACCACAAGCCCAACCUCGCCAGGAGUACCUGAAAGGCUUGAGUAUUAUAGGGGUUCAGCAGAUAGAUCGUGUAGUAGAAGUUGUGGAGGAAACUAUUAAAGGUCAUUCUGUGAGACUACUGGGUCAGAAAAAGGAUAAUGGAAAACGUUUGGGGGGAGCACGCCUGGAUUUGCCAAAGAUUAGGAAGAAUCCACUGAUAGAAAUAAUUUCCAUCAAUACAGGGUGUCUCAAUGCAUGUACCUACUGUAAAACCAAGCAUGCCAGAGGAGAUCUAGCAAGUUAUCCUAUUGAAGAACUGGUGGACAGAGCCAAACAGUCUUUUCAAGAGGGUGUUUGUGAGAUAUGGCUGACCAGUGAAGACACAGGGGCUUAUGGCAGAGACAUUGGCACAGACCUCCCCACGCUUCUGUGGAAGCUGGUUGAAGUUAUUCCUGAGGGAGCUAUGCUGAGGCUUGGCAUGACAAACCCUCCCUAUAUUUUAGAGCAUCUGGAGGAAAUGGCCAAGAUUCUCAGUCAUCCAAGAGUAUAUGCUUUUCUGCACAUACCAGUCCAGUCAGCCUCUGACAGUGUGCUCAUGGACAUGAAGAGAGAAUACUGUGUGGCAGACUUCAAAAAAGUAGUGGAUUUCCUUAAAGAAAAAGUGCCUGGAAUAACAAUUGCUACAGACAUCAUUUGUGGUUUUCCAGGAGAGACAGAUGAAGAUUUUCAAGAAACUAUGAAACUUGUGGAACUGUACAGGUUUCCAAGCUUGUUUAUUAAUCAAUUCUACCCACGUCCAGGAACCCCAGCUGCAAAAAUGCCUCAAGUUCCAGCUGCAGUGAAAAAACAAAGAACGAAGGAUCUGUCCCAGCUGUUUCAUUCAUACAAUCCAUAUGAUCAUAAGGUUGGUGAGAGGCAAAGAGUUCUGGUAACAGAAGAAUCCUUUGACUCCAAUUACUACGUUGCUCACAAUCCUUUCUAUGAGCAGGUUCUUGUGCCAAAGGAUCCUCUGUUAAUGGGCAAGAUGGUAGAAGUGAGUAUUUAUGAAGCUGGGAAACAUUUUAUGAAGGGGCAGCCAGUAUCAGAUGCCAUAGUUCACACUGCAUCCAUCACCAGACCGUUAGCAAAAGGAGAAGUUUCUGGCUUAACAGAGGAGUUCAGACGUUCACCACAGAAUGGCACCAACUGGAAAACACAGCCUUCUGCUGAGAUCCCAGUGAGAACACAUCUCAGCUCCUGGAUGGCUUUGCAGCUCCCAUCGCAGCAAGACAGAGGUGGACUGAAGAUCCUGUCUGUCAGCCUGGCUCUGCUGGCAGUUCUUGUUAUGUUUUACUAUGGAGGAGUGAAAACAGAACUGUGAACUGAAUGGGGCUUUUAUAAAAACAAUGAAACCUCUGUUCAAAAUCUUUAAAGGAAACACUUUUAGCAAAAAAUCUUUUUUUUUAGAAAAAAAAAGCUAAUAUAAAUUGGGCAAUAAUUUGUACUCACUCUUUGCCUUUCCUGUCAUUCAAAGGAGAGAACGUAAAUAAGCUGUGGGAAGGCCUAUCUUGCCAAAACCUGAGAUCCUUGGUUGGUAAAACAGUUUGUUGCAUCUUUCUUUUUCAUUUUUUCCUUUUUGAAAUGAGGCAAUGUUUGCAUUACAUACUCUUUUCAUAAUUGCUGUUUCACGUAAAAUUGCAUUACAUUUGUAAGGAAUCUUUCCACUGAGUGAUAUUGGUCAUCUUUUAUGGGUAGAAUAUUUAAAGCUUUCCUAAAGAUUUUGCUUGAUGCAGUGUGAUCGUUUGAUAUCUGUCUUUUUACAUUAGAAUGAAAACUGCAAGGCCAUUAAAGUUAGUUAUUUGUUGCUGUUUA